CUUGCCGCAACUUACCUCUCCGUUAGCUCGGAGGCUAGGUUUUUCGGCGUCAUCGCCGUUCUCUCCUGCUCUCUCUUUCUCUCUCUCUCUCGCUCUCGGUCUUCGUGUUCCUUCACCUGCACGCUAGCCGUCAAGCAACGUGUUGGUUCGCCAAGGCUGCCUUUCUUGCUGGAUCUCGCUCUCGCCCUCUUCGCGUAAAGCCUGCGAGGUGAGAUUUUGCCUCGUGUUCCGUGUGUAGUUUCUCUCUUGGAUCUGAGCUCCAUGCCCCUGUUAUCAGAAUCAGCAGAUCUGCAGUGUGAGACGAACGCAUGCAAGCAGCAGCCAUGUCCGAACGAAGUGAUCUCACUCAUUCCACUGCGGAGUCUGACAUGGACACUGUGACUCAGACUGUUCAUAAAAUGCCUGCUUCUAAUACGGCCCCUGCCUCGGAGUAUGGACCUGGGAAGCGAUUUUUGACUAAGGAUAAAAACGUACAUCAAAUAUUAGGUGGAGGCCGAGCUGCUGAUGUUUUCCUGUGGAAAGACAGAAACACUUCUGUUGCAGUUUUGGUCGGAUCCACCCUUCUGUGGUGCCUCCUUGAGAAGUCAGGAUAUACACUACUCACGCUUUUGUCGAAUAUUUUCAUGUUUUCUCUCGCUAUUCUCUUCGUCUGGGCGAACGUUUCAUCUCUUUUAAACCGGGCCGGACCGCCGGUUCCAGAAUUUUCUUUGUCUGAUGACUUCGUGAUGAGAACAGCCAGCUGUGUCCGGGAUGAACUUAACAAAGCUCUACGCUUUUCCCGGAACGUUGCAUUAGGCAACGACUUCAAGCUAUUCUUCAAGGUUGUUACUUUGUUGUGGGUGGUCUCGACAGUCGCUUCGUGGUUCAACUUACUCACCCUCAUCUGGAUUGGCGUUAUCUUGUUGCACGUUGUUCCAUUUGUCUAUGACAAGUAUGAGGAUAUAAUCGACCAUCAUGCCUCGAAUGCAUUCCACGCUGCCAAUGUUCACUUCAAGAAAUUGGAUGAUGCUGUUCUGCAAAAGAUUCCUAGGGCUCCUGCCAAGGAGAAGAAGAUUCAGUAGAACUGGAUUUUAAUUGUGAUCCCUACAGGGUGCUCAGAAGAACCAAGUGGGCGAAGGAUCUGUAUAUACGGAUACAUCUGCGCUGGAUCUGUAGGAGUCGGACGUAAGCCCUCCUCGCCGGAUGUAUACAACUUAGGCUGAGACUAUGCUGUGUCGUGGGAGUAAUUCGGUAGUCUGCGUAGAGUUUCGUGGAAGUUUCACGCUUGGCGCACUUGAGUUUCGCAUCGUUGGACAUCAUUUUUUCAACACUCGUCAACCUGCUAGGUUUUUACCGACAAUUUCUGUGUUCUAGCCCUAGAUGCAACGUCGUAACAGAAACCAUCCUCCACAGAUACGGCUGUCCUCGGUCCUCCCAUCAGAUAAUUUUUAUGUUAAUGUUGGACAUGAACUAGCGAGGAAUCAAACCGUCUCAGAGCCCUUUAUUGUGCUCGUUGGGCUUACAGAAAUCGUCAUUUGCAUCUGAUGAACCUGGGCUUAUUUUUUUGACAGACUCUCUGGUAAAUCUAGCACUUCUAAACGAAGCAAAUAGAACCUAAUUCACGAGUAUUCUGAUGCGUUUCGGGUUUCUGAAAAUCGCUAGGUUACUUGUUUUCAAUUCGCCACCUAGUAUAUUGCCAAGGAGAAUUAUAGAUGGAUCCAAUCCGCCUUUUACCAGCAUGAGGUUGAGUGCUGGAACCAUCUCUCAGUUAAUUGAAAGUGAAAGGCGACCCUCACUUUGUACAACAGGAUCUUCAAUUAAAACGCAGAGCUUGCUUUAAUCCUCA